AUGGCCAACGCUGCUACUAACUGGAAGGAGUUCAAGUCCAUCAACCCCCCCAUUGUCAUCAACAACAACUACCUCCGUGGCGGCGCCUCGGCCCUCAUUCUUGACGACCUCGCUGUCAUCGCUGGUGAUGACUACUUUGUAAAGGACGCCGUGAGCGGUGCCCCGAUCCUCCGCGCAAGGGGCAAGGAAUGGUCGACUCGUGAUGUGAAGACCCUCUAUGACACCGGAGGUACCGCAAUCUGCGUCAUCAAGGACGAGAUCAUUACCCUUCACAACACCAUGAAGGGCGAGAUCGAAGGUGUCACCUUGUUCGAGGUUUCCAAACACCAGGGCUACACCUCUGACGAGGACCGUUUCCUCGUCAAGUACCGUGACACUGACGAGGAGCUCAAGCGCACCAUCAACGUCAUUGGCGACUGGCUCGGCCGCAAGGCCGAGAUCCGCCUUGCCCCCCAUGGCGCCGACAAGAAGGACUUUACGGACGGUGAACUUGUCGCCCGUGUCGAACGCGCCAACAUGGCCACCGAGUUCCUCGCCAAGAACGACUCCAAGGACACCGCCACCGAGGAAGAGGUCACUACCCGCUACACCGUCGCCGUGUCCCCCGGUGUCGACCUUGCCUUCAUCUCGGCCGUUUGCAUGUGCUGCGACGCGAUUCGAGCCCAGACCGACUACUAA